GCUGCGGGAUGCUCGCGCUGUGUACGAGGAGCCGAGCAGAGCGUACCGGGAUCGCGCAGAAGAGAGCUGCAAACCCAUCCGAACUGAGUGAGCGGGCAGCCCUCGCCUCGCCAUGGCUCCUGGAGAGAAGAUCAAAGCCAAAAUCAAGAAGAAUCUGCCCGUGAAGGGGCCUCAGGCACCUACCAUUAAAGAGCUGAUGCGGUGGUACUGUCUCAACACCAACACGCACGGCUGCCGGCGCAUCGUGGUGUCCCGGGGCCGCCUCCGGCGCCUGCUCUGGAUUCUGUUUACACUGACGGCCGUGGCCCUUAUUUUCUGGCAGUGUGCCCUCCUCAUCUUAUCCUUCUACACCGUCUCUGUCUCCAUCAAAGUCCACUUCCAGAAGCUGGAUUUUCCUGCCGUCACCAUCUGCAACAUCAAUCCUUACAAGUACAGUGCCGUGCGAGACCUUCUAGCCGACUUGGAACAGGAGACCAGAGAAGCCUUGAAGACGCUGUACGGCUUUCCAGAGAUUACGUCUCGGAAACGUCGGGAGUCCGGGUCCUGGAGAUCAGCCUCAGAGGGCACUGGGUCGAAAUUCCUCAACCUGGUCCCGCUGCUGGCCUUCAAUCAGAGUGAGAGGAACAAGGCCAGGGACUUCCUCACAGGGCGGAAGCGGAAAGUCAGCGGGAGCAUCAUUCACAAGGCAUCAGAUGUCAUGCACGGCCACGAGUCCAAGGAGGUGGUGGGAUUCCAGCUGUGUUCCAAUGACACAUCCGACUGUGCCGUCUACACCUUCAGCUCGGGGGUCAAUGCCAUCCGGGAGUGGUACAAGCUACACUACAUGAACAUCAUGGCACAGGUGUCUCUGGAGAAGAAAAUCAACAUGAGCUACUCUGCUGAGGAGCUGCUGGUUAACUGCUUCUUUGAUGGCGUGUCCUGCGAUGCCAGGAACUUCACACUUUUCCAUCAUCCAAUGUAUGGGAAUUGCUACACGUUCAACAACAGACAAAAUGAGACCGUCCUCAGCACCUCCAUGGGGGGCAGUGAAUAUGGGCUGCAGGUCAUCUUGCACAUAAAUGAAGAGGAGUAUAACCCCUUCCUGGUGUCUUCUACUGGAGCUAAGGUGAUUGUCCAUCGGCAGGAUGAAUACCCCUUCAUCGAGGACGUGGGAACAGAGAUUGAGACGGCCAUGGCCACCUCCAUAGGGAUGCACCUGACGGAGUCCUUCAAGCUGAGCGAGCCUUACAGCCAGUGCACAGAGGAUGGGAGUGAAGUGCCGAUCCAGAACAUCUACAAUGCUUCAUAUUCCCUCCAGAUCUGCCUUCACUCGUGCUUCCAGGCGAAGAUGGUGGAGAAAUGUGGGUGUGCCCAGUACAGCAAGCCUCUACCUCCAAAAGUCAACUAUUGCAACUACCAGCAGCACCCCAACUGGAUGUACUGCUUCUACCAACUGCACCAGGCCUUCGUACGGGAAGAGCUGGGCUGCCAGUCGGUGUGUCGGGAAGCCUGCAGCUUUAAAGAGUGGUCACUGACCACCAGCCUGGCGCAGUGGCCAUCUGAGGUUUCCGAGAAAUGGUUGCUGUCCGUUCUCACUUGGGACCAAAGCCAGCAAAUAAAGAAAAAACUCAACAAGACAGACUUGGCCAAACUCUUGAUAUUCUACAAAGACCUGAACCAGAGAUCCAUCAUGGAGAGCCCCGCCAACAGCAUCGAGAUGCUUCUGUCCAACAUCGGUGGCCAGCUGGGCCUGUGGAUGAGCUGCUCCGUGGUCUGUGUCAUUGAGAUCAUCGAGGUCUUCUUCAUCGACUCCCUCUCCAUCAUUGCCCGCCACCAGUGGCACAAAGCCAAGGAGUGGUGGGCCCGGAGACAGGCGCCUGCCUGCCCCGAGGCUCCUCCCUGCAGCCCUCAGGGCCAGGUCAACCCCGUCCUUGAGCCAGAUGAUGACCUGCCUACUUUCACCUCGGCCUUGUGUCUACCUCCAGCCCCAGGGGCCCAGGUGCCCGGCACGCCGCCCCCCAAAUACAACACCUUGCGCUUGGAAAGGACCUUCUCCAGCCAACUCACAGAUACCCAGGUGCCACCUGAGUCACCUGAGUCCUGAGACAAGGUGGGGGAGAAAGAUCGAGCCAGGAUCACCAGCCCUGGUCUGAGAACGCAGACCCUGUCUUUUGCACCCAGAGGGGACCCUCUGCACACCCUCUGGGCUCUUCAGAGACAUGGACUACAAGUCUGCUUUGAACAAGAUGGGGCCUGGGUGUGUGCAGGGGACCUGUUGGACCCUGCCCAGCCACGCUCACAGCUGCCCAAGACGAGGUAGAUCCUGCAGCCUAAACCCUUGGCACAUCUGCUAUGGAGAGAGAUGGGACCGGAGAAAUGCAGUUGGCCUGGGCAGAGGCCAGGAGUGAAGCCGGACAGAGUUCUUCACCAGAUCUGGAGUGGGAAAAACUCCUUCAAAGCCCCAAGCUGGGGGUUUCAGCCACUCCCCCAGCCUAGGCCGGGGCCCAAGGAUGUGACCUUAGGUAUCAAGGCCAGACAAGCACUGCCUGGUGCCAAAGAUAGGAGGAAGCUGUAGGCCUGGAGCUGGAGUUGUUUGUGAUUGACACUGGGGCGAGGUCUGCCCUGUGCCUUUAGGCAAGGAGCUGGCCCAAGGUUCUUGGGGUGUGUAGAGGGGAGGGGUGUGCUGGACGGAGGUCUAGGGGUGGGACCGGAGGUCCUCACUCUGGGGUGGGGCAUCUUCCGGGCAGCUAAGCCAGCGCUCUGGGCCCCUUCCCCAGGUAGAGAAGGACCAGUUAAAGGACAUUGUGGACACUCCUGUCCAGUGGUAGCCCAAGGCAUAACAGAUCAUCUCCUUACCUCAGUGGCUCUUCGUCCAAGACAGUCUCCCUACCCCAACCAACGGCCUGCCCCUCCCCCACCAGCCAGCCACCUCCGAUAACCAUCUCCUCCCAGACUCACACCUUCCAAGGUGAUAAGAGUUAACAAGCAUUAAGCACAGAGCAGGUGCUCAGUGUCAGCUCAAGGACAAUACGCUGGGUGCUGUUCUAAGCACUUACAGAGAUCAGCCCAGGGAACUGCAAAGUACAACCCACAUGCCAACUCCUGUUUUAGCCUGUGACUGAAGAAUGGGUUGGGUUGGGUUUUUUUUUUUUUUUUCCACUUUUAAAUGGUUAAAAAUAUCAGAAGAAGAACAUUUUGUGACUCAUGAAAAUGAUACGCAAUUCAAAUUUCAGUGUCCAUAAAUAAAGUUUUAUUGGAACACA